UUCAGCAGGGGAGCCGCCACUGCGCUCCACUCUGCCGCAUGUUAUGCUCAUGGAAGGUUCUCAAACGGUGUUGCCUACCCUAUUACCCUCAGCGCUAUCAUUGGGUUGAGCGGCUGGCUUCCCUGCUCCAGGACCCUGAGGACCAAGAUUGAGAGCUCACAGACUGCUUUCAGGAGGGCUGCUGCCUUGCCGAUAAUGCUUGGCCAUGGAAGAGGCGACGAGGUAGUCAUGUACAGGAACGGCGAGAGGUCGUCCGAGUUUCUGCGGAAUUCGGGCUUUUCGUACCUGAAUUUCAAAGCCUACAACGGACUGGGCCAUCACACCAUCCCUGAGGAAAUGGACGAUGUCUCCAAGUGGCUCAGGGCAAGGCUCGGGCUUGAUCGCUCUUGCGGCUAAUUAAGUGGAGAAGCUUGUGCCUUGGUGGCUGACACAUGACAUGAGAGAAAUGUAUUGACACUAUAGAGGAGGAGAAGGUUGAUAUAUAUAGGUUAAUCAUAUGAAGAGAUCAGGACCGGCAUGUGUUGAUAUAUAACUCCUCACUACUGAAUUUCAUGUUACACUUAUAUUGUACUAGUAAGAGUUGUACCCCAGUUAUAUUGUUUGUUUUGAUUGAUCACACCAGUAAUUUAUGUCGAUAGCUUCUAAUAUAUGCUUGUGUUCUAC